GCCUUGCACCGUGGGAGACCCUUGUACUCGCCGUGGCACGAGCCACGGACACCCGGACGACGCUCUUCAUAUGUGGCCAGCGCUGUCCAGGUCGCGGGCUUCUCAGCACACUGCCAGUGACAUACAGCAUCCGCGGGAACUGCAGCCAGCGGAGAUGUAGUGACGGGCCGGUGGCGCCUCGAAAACCGCAGGUAUGCGUUCGAAGGCACUCUCAAGCCACUGUACGAGACGCUUGCCAGUGCGCUCAAUUUUCAGCCACGCCUUCGACCCUCCUUCGGCGAGCUGCACCCUGCAGAGGAACUCACCGAAACGUCCCCCGCCGGCGUCGUGGGUGACGUGUACUACAACCGCAGCGACAUCGGCAUUGUGUAUUCCACAGCCGUCAACGGCCGGUACGUGCUCAGACCACCGACGAACCAGCAGGCCUGUUUCACUUGGUGCUUGCCCCGCGGCGUCAAGAAGAACGAUAACUCGCUCUCGAAGGUCUUGAAGUACCUCGACAAGGCAGUGUGGGCGUCCAUCCUCGCGGCCUUCGUUCUCGCGUCCUUAACUCUCCAGCUGUCCCACGUGUUCUUCGGUACCGAGAAGCCAAGAUCUCUCAACAAAUGCGGAGACAUGGCACUCUUCACACUGCAGGCUUUCGUCAGCUCGUCUCCCAAUCAACCUGAAAGAUCAGCAGUGCGGUUUUUGUUCGGCCUGUGGGGCUACUUCGGCUUGGUCAUCACUACGGCGUACACGGGCCGCAUGCACAGCCACAUGUCGGCGGACGCGUUCAAGAGCCGUCUGAGCAACCUGCGCGAACUGGCCGAGGCAGAGCUGCCCCUCUUUCUGAGCGAUGUCAAGCACGAGACGUUCUGGCUAACCGCGUCCAAGUGGCGCAAUCCGUACGAGGACGCCGUCAUGACGCAGGCCAGCACUUUCAAGAGCAUCGAGUACAAGGGACUACUGCCAGACCACUUCGACCGUCUACAACGUUAUGCUGCCACCGAAGUCGCCACUUCUCGUUCCAUUGUUGGAGCUCAUGUCGCGCUUCGACGAGUCUGGCCUCACUCUCAAAGUAAAGAUCUUUGUAGAGGGCAUAGGUGCCUUCCGCACAUCUAA